CCUAAUAUCAGAGAGUAUGUAUAGCGCUACUGGCGUUCCAUACAUUUUGAGUGCGGUGGUGCGGCUGCUUCCCAAUUUAGUAACUCAAAAGCCCAGGAAAAAGAGGACUAGCCUAGGCCUAAUUAAGUAAGAACUUUCCUUUGGUUUGACAAAAUCGGUUUCAACUAUGACUACAAAGGUUGAGAAGUGUGGCAUAGUAAUAUGUUUAGAUGUUGGACCUUCCAUGACUCAAGCUCCAGAAAACCAUGAAACUUCACUGGACAUGUCCUGUAGGGCCAUAUCAAGACUGCUUCAGAAAAAAUUAUUGAUGCCUUGGUUGUUGGAUUAGAUUUACUUCACAACUCAACAAAUGGAAAGAAAUUCACAUCAACAUGUAUUUUACUCUUUAGUAAUCUUGGUGCACCAUUCAGUGAUGAUAAGAUAGACUCUCUUGUUAAUGGUAUUCAGAAGAUGAAAACAGAUGUAAAUUUGAUUGGGCCUAAUUUAGAUGAAGGUGACGAGACUAACGGUGAUGAGAACCGUCCGAGUACAUCUAGCGGCAGAGGCAGUGGAGGUUAUACAAAACAGAAAACACCCCAGCAGAGAGCUGGAGCAGCCCUAAUGAAGCACUUUUUGCAGGAGAUAGAUGGUGGUUGUUAUGAAUUCAGAGAUAUAAUACCUAUGCUAAGUUAUUUUGAUAAGCGGGAAGUCAGAGCAACGCCUUGGAAAUGCACACUGGAUAUUGGAGACAACUUAAAGAUAGCUUGUUCUGGUUAUGUCAAGACUCAAGAAGGAAAGUUGAAGAAAUCUUGGGGCUCGAUAUAUAUGAAAAGCAAAGAAAAAGAGUAUACACCUCAACUUGUGUCGUCCUACCAUCUGAACAAUGAUGAAGAAACAGAAAUAGUAAAGGAUGACAUAGUAGAUGCAUAUCGUUAUGGUACAGAUCUGAUUCCUAUGUCAAAAGAAGACAAAGAAUCAAUGACGUAUAAAUCACCUGGAAAAUCUCUUCAAACACUUGGCUUUACUAAAGAAGAGAAUGUAAAACAAAGUAUGCGAGUUGGCACCAGCGUCUAUUGUUUUGUCGCAGACCCUGGAGAUCCUCAUGCUGCCGUUGCAUUUUCUGGAAUGGUAAAUGCAUUGUAUGAAACCAAAACUGUCAUCAUUGUGAGACGUUGUUAUAGUGCAAGAAGUAUGCCACAAAUUGGAUACAUGGCACCACACAUCAAAGCAAACUAUGAGUUUGCAUAUGGAGGAGGUUCGAGGAUGGCGUUCGCACAUAGACCAUAUUUGCAAACGUUUUUGCAGGCGAGAAUGUUAGUAAACCAUGUUUGGAAAUAGAAGCUCCGAUCAGCAUACCAGUAAACAAUCAUCUCAUCCCCUAAGAACCCAAAUACUCAGUGCGAUCAGCAUACAAGUUGUUUAACAAUCAUCUCAUCCCCUAAGAACCCAAAUACUCAGUCCAGAACUAACACCUGUUCCCAAUAAUACACCUAAUGAAGACUAUCAACCAAAACCUCGCAGGUCAGGAAGGAUCUGUGUACCUGACAGAUUGAAUUUAUGAAUUAUUAAGUUUUUUUAUGUUUUGUAAUCUGUCUUUUGUUUGACUUUGCAAUUGUUUUAAAUGAACAUUGACCUAGGUUUUUGUAUAUGUUUUCCUUCAUUAUCCUACCCAAAGGAGCGAAGCUCCAGGGAGGCUAUGCUGCCCUGAUUUGAAAAAAAAGCAUUAUCUGCAAAAUCCAAGUUUUGAGGAAAUGAACACAACACGUUUGGUUUUAG